CGUAUGAACGGCCUCUUUUACUUUGUCGUCCCCCUCUUUGUCGUCCUCAUGAUUCUUUGGGUGCAGCGAUCCGACACCGAGUCGGGUAUGAUGUCUGUCAUCAUCUACUUUAUCCAAACCUUCCUUGUCAUAUCCAGCGGCAUCUCCUUUUAUAUCCUCGCACUCAUCAACCUCCAGUUUGACAGCGGUGCCACCGCCGGCAGCAACACGAGUGGCAGCGCACCCAUCUUUUCCACAUUCUGUCCUGGUCCAUUUGAUUUCUACGAUCGUCACUAUAUCACCAUUGGCUCAGCUCCCCUUCUCAUCUACGUCCUCCUCUUAUCAACAGGAGCAACAGUAAUUCUUUCAAAAUGUUGGAACGCUCAAAAAAAUAGAAAAUAUCGUUCCCUCAACGAUCAACAAGAAAUCAAUCAAAAUGAUCAAAAUGAAUUGGAAAAACAACUAGAACAAGAAAAUUUAGAUAGAAUCAAAAGAGAAAAGGAAAUUAAUAAUUCAAAAGAACAACAACAAUUAAUUGACCAAGAUGAAGAUGUUGAUUAUUAUAAUGAAGAAUUGGAAAAAGAAAAGAAAGAAAAGGAAAAUGACAAAAACAAAGAGACUACAAAUUUAAUGGGAGAAGGAUUACCAACUGAAGUACACAUUAAAUCAACGUACAUGUCUCAACAAUUUGGUUCAUUGGUCAAGUUAUUAUUAAACAUUUACUCGCCGAUUGCUACAUCGGCAUUCACCAUGUUCUUUUGCGAGACUAUUGGUGCACAUUUUCCAGUGUUGGCAACCAACCCAGCCAUCACCUGCGACGGCGAGCGAUAUGGAAAGGCGUUGAUCGUCUCUUACACGCUCUUUACCGUUAUCAUUGGAUUCCCCAUCAUCAUUUUUGUACUGUUAUUUAGAAAUAGAGAUCGUCGUCAUGAACCACGUGUCAUUCGAAUCUAUGGCGUCUUCUUUUUAAAGUAUAAAGACCCCUACUACUUUUGGGAUGUUAUCCUAUUACUUAGAAGACUUGGUAUUGUACUCAUGUCGAUGAUGCCACCCACCUCUUCAACCCGGUCACUCCUUCUUGUGGUGGUGACACUUGUCAGUGUACUAUUACAAAUUCACUUUAAACCAUUCAAGCAUCCACAAGACAACCAACUCGAGUUUACAUCACUGUCACUUCUAUUUAUAUGCGCUGUCUUUUUGGAUAACCCUAUCUACCAAUCGAUCGAGCAGUGGGUAGUCAUUGGAAGUGCGUCUGUCUUUGCAAUCCAUGUAUUCAUCAUCAUCUACCUGUAUUACCGUGCAGCCGUCAAGGACCGAUUCCUACACUACCUCUAUAUCGUAUCACGUACCAAGUUUGGUAGACCCAUGUCCCUUGUCACCAUUAACAGCAACAAUAGUAGUAGUAGUAGCUCUGCGGCCGCUCAAGCAGCUGCCAACAAACUCGAAAAGAAACCAUUGAUUUCAAUGCAUCUAACUGACUACGGGUCAAUGUACAACGAAGAUGAAUAUAUUGAAGGUGAAAUGGAUUCCGAUGACGAAAGUCAAGAUGGUAGAGUUGAUCAUGACAAUGAUCAAUUUGAUUCUUUACUUUAUAUUAAAUAA